UUCAACAUCCCACCGCACCACUGAUCCAAGAAUUGGAUUUCGAAUUGCCUAAUCAAUUGCCAAGUACCUGUUUUGCAAAUUCAUCUCCCAGCAGGAAUUCCGCCCAGUUUUAGCCAAGUCAUUCUAGUUGGAACAUUUUCACGAGGAAGUUUACAAAUACGCUACCGGCAACACCCAGGUCGACCCGAACCAUGCCAGUUUAGCACGUGACUUUCUUUCAACAGCUCUUGGACUGUCUCAGUGUCAAGGUACCAACGGUUUCUCAGCUUUGCUGGAUUUGCUGGCUGCUGGUUAGUUGGUUGAUGCUAGAACACGAUGCUCCCGUUAGGUUGGGUUUACAAAUAUCAGCGUUGACCAUGGUUACACGCUGGGUACAACUUCUUAUAAAAUGUACGUUUGGGCAUUCCUGACUCAUUAGUGAACGAUCGUCGUUGGAUCAGCUGGAGUGUAGUGUGUUAAAAGAGUGCAAAGUUCUUGGAAUAAUCUCGCAAUCUUGGAUGGUGACUUGGUGAAGCCGUGACUUGGAAGAUGUUGCAACAGUGGGUGCUGUUGGUUAGUGUAGUGAUCGUGGUGUUCAGUUACUGUGAACAACGAGUUCAGGCACAGUUCCACCCACGAGGAUUUGGAUUUCCCCCGCGGUAUCCAUAUUCUCCGUUUGCUCCUCACAGAGGUUUGCUGGGAGGACGAGGUGCCCACCGAAGACCUCACCUAGGUUGGGUUUUGGCCGCCAACCCGAAUGCCCACGAAGAUGACGGCGAAAAAGUGAGCAUGUCCAGGUCGGCUGGAGAAGAGGGGUAUGACGAAGCUCUUCAGGUGGUCCACUCCGGGGACCACGUGGAAGAACUGCAAGACUUGGGAUUCGAACCGUCGGCGCUGAUCGGGUUCUACAACGAGGACGGAACCAUUGGGGAGUGGGCUGGAGAGGGCGAGGAGUUCGUUGCAUCUGGAGCGGAAGAAAUGGUUGGUAGGAAGCACCGGAAGCUGGACUGUGAUGACGUUUUCGGCAAGCACAAGAAGAAGAAGCGCAAGUUUUGUCGGAAGAUGAAAGCUUACAACGAUGAACAUCACGGUGGGCAUCAUGGGCAUGAUAGCUACGGUCAUGGAAGUUACGGGGGUCACAAGCAACACAAACAUCACAAGCAUGGAAGUUACGGACGGUACAAACGACAGCUGCAGUAUCUUUCCGGUGCAGGGCUCCCGUUACAGCAAUUACCUUUGGGUGGGAUAACUACGUUGACACACGCAGUACCUCUAGCCGGUACUCUAAGGCAACUUCCAGUUCAACAGCUAGCAGGGAAUAGACCUCGACCAGGGCGAGACCAGGGAAGUUACAGACGCUACAAGCGACAAUUGCCAUACCUUUCAGGCACUCAGGAACUUCCUCUUGGGUUACCACAGCUAGCGCAGGCAACGCCCCUCUCAGGAGCUGUCCAGCUACUCCCGGUUCAGCAAAUCACCCAAAUCAACCGACCUCGCCUGGUGCGCAACUCCAUUGUCCCAAACCCCGACCCGCCCCGACAACUCGCCCAGGUCAAGUUCCUAGACGCCAACGGGUCCGAAAUGCUCGCCCCGUACCAGCUUCAGUCCCACCACCACGAACAGCACCCUUCCUGUCCGGGAGGAACCGUCGCUAACUACAACUUCUUCCACUUUUCCUGCCCGCCAACGGUAACCGUUGACGGCGCUAGCAUGCGGAACCACCCUAAGCGUUACGUUGACACGGCGAACGCUUGGAGUCAGUUCCCGCAUCGCAUCGAGAAGCGCAAGGGCGUUGGGUUGGAGGAGCAGCCGAAGGUCGUCAACGUGGAGCGGGUGUUUGCACUUGAGGCGACUACCGUGGAAGCGACGACCCCGGAGGUCAGCACGACGGAGGUUACCACGGAUUCGCUGAAGGAACCCCUGCGGGAACCUCGCCGUCGGAAGACCAAACCGACUCGAAGCAACAAGAUCUUCCAGCGGAAGUUGAUUCAGUGGAGGCUGCAGAACAUUCGGGACAAAGCAACCUCGGAAGAGGCUACCCUCGAACCGAUCGUCGUGCUGAGUUCCCGGGAGUCCGUCGAAGAAGGUGCUCCGGUAAACCGCCUACGCGACACAAGAGACUCGAACGUGCGUCCCUUUUCGGUAAUAGAGAUGGGUCAUGACGCCGACGAGCAGAACCGUCAACGCUCGCGUCCUCGACCCUACUCCAACCGGGGAGAGCAGUUCCUAAACCGAUUGUUCGCUCCACCUGCCCUAACCAACGUCAACCCGUUCGAUCCCUUCCAUCGGGACCAUAGAGUUCCUCCCCAAAAUUUACCUCAAGCCCCACCGUACCGAACCACCCCACGUCGGAACAACCGGCGCGGAGAAAAGCUGGUGUCCCGAUUCGUUAAAGCCCGCCAACCUACGACGAGCACGGAUGCUCCGACCACGACGACAACAACCACAACCCCGGAACCAACCACUACGACGACGACCACCUUACGAACCACCGAAGCGACCAAGCGCUUCCCGUUAAAGCCCAACGCGGAAGACGCAACCCGCAGAAGGACCCGCUACCGACUCCGUCCUAAGAAAAGCAUCCAGGAUGACGAAUACGAAGCGUUGGGUAUGAACACCUUAGAAAGCGAUGCGCUCGCAUCGCGCAAAGCUGAACCAACGAAACGUCUGCGACAGACACCCCGAAGACCUUUCCGGCUCGGGAAGAUCAAACCGCUGAAGGUGAAGAAACCUGCGCGGGAAGAUGCGGUGACGGAGUCGCUCGUUAAGCAGGGUAGGUGGGAGGAGAUCUUCGCGAUCAAAACCAACGAAAACAAGCGGAAUCAUCCGCGGAGGAGCGUUGAUGAGUCGGACGAUGGGAUCUCCCAACAAGAUGCGCGCUGGAGGUUGAAGCGAGCGCAGCACUUUAUCCGGCGUCAGCUCCGGAACUGGAAGACACCUGACCCAGCGGAAGCGCCAACUACGACGACGACCAGUACGACCACAACGGUGAGGCCGAUCGAGGGCGAGGAGCGCAGGCAUCGGAGACCAGUGCGACCAGCGGGUCGCCAGGGAAGACAACGGACGGAGUCUAGUGAGGUGGUAAACGUGGGCCGGUUCGACGUCAACGGACAGUUCAAGAACCCUACGCUGCAAGCAGCCAGCUCCAACCAGGAAGCGGUUCUGUCGCCCAAGGUUCAGGAGUACAUCGCAAACAAGGUGAAGGAAGCAUGUGACAAGUGCACUCCCAGCAAUGAGAUCGUAAGGUCAAAGAAUAACUAUGUCCCCAGGCCGAGUCGAGCUGACCACGUGGGAACCCGCUCUAAGAACGCCGUUUACUGCGAACCUCGCGAGAGGUCACUACGCACUUCAACGCCAUCAGCAGCGGCUUCAUUUGCCGCAAGUCCUCUGCGCAAUCUGUUCAAGUUGGACCUGUUCAAACCGUGGCGUAACCUCAUCACUGCUCAAUCGAGUCAAUCCUAGAGCCCAGUCAUCCGAAUCCCUCGAACACCAUCCCCAUCAAUCACCCGCACGCACACACCUAGCUCUUAAGCCUAUUUAUUGUUAUCGUUAGAACUGUUUGUAAAUAAAACAACCCGUUAUGUCAAAACCAAAAAAAAA